AUGACUCUGGAGUCCAUCAUGGCGUGCUGCCUGAGCGAGGAGGCCAAGGAAGCCCGGCGGAUCAACGACGAGAUUGAGCGGCAGCUCCGCAGGGACAAGAGGGACGCCCGCCGGGAGCUCAAGCUGCUGCUGCUCGGGACAGGAGAGAGUGGCAAGAGUACAUUUAUCAAGCAGAUGAGAAUCAUCCAUGGGUCGGGCUACUCUGAUGAAGACAAAAGGGGCUUCACCAAGCUGGUGUAUCAGAACAUCUUCACGGCCAUGCAGGCUAUGAUCAGAGCCAUGGACACGCUCAAGAUCCCCUACAAGUACGAGCACAAUAAGGCUCAUGCACAGUUAGUUCGAGAAGUUGAUGUGGAGAAGGUAUCUGCAUUUGAGAAUCCAUAUGUAGAUGCAAUAAAGAGUUUAUGGAAUGAUCCUGGAAUCCAGGAAUGCUAUGACAGACGACGAGAAUAUCAGUUAUCUGACUCUACCAAAUACUAUCUUAAUGACUUGGACCGCGUUGCCGACCCUGCCUACCUGCCUACGCAACAAGAUGUGCUCAGAGUUCGAGUCCCCACCACAGGGAUCAUCGAAUACCCCUUCGAUUUACAAAGUGUCAUUUUCAGAAUGGUCGAUGUAGGGGGCCAGAGGUCAGAGAGAAGAAAAUGGAUACACUGCUUUGAAAACGUCACCUCUAUCAUGUUUCUAGUAGCGCUUAGUGAAUAUGAUCAAGUUCUCGUGGAGUCAGACAAUGAGAACCGAAUGGAGGAAAGCAAAGCACUCUUUAGAACAAUUAUCACGUAUCCCUGGUUCCAGAACUCCUCAGUUAUUCUGUUCUUAAACAAGAAAGAUCUUCUAGAGGAGAAAAUUAUGUAUUCCCACCUAGUUGACUAUUUCCCGGAAUAUGAUGGACCCCAGCGAGAUGCCCAGGCAGCUCGAGAAUUCAUCCUGAAGAUGUUCGUGGACCUGAACCCAGACAGUGACAAAAUCAUCUACUCGCACUUCACAUGCGCCACAGACACCGAGAACAUCCGCUUUGUGUUUGCUGCUGUCAAGGACACCAUCCUCCAGUUGAACCUGAAGGAGUACAAUCUGGUCUGAUUGUGCCUCCUCGACACCGCCCUUCCCUUCCCUGGUGGGCUAGUGAAGCUAAACAAGAGGGACUGUAUUUCUGUGGAAAACAAUUUGCAUAAUACUAAUUUAUUGCCGUCCUGGACUCUGUGUGAGCGUGUCCACAGAGUUUGUAGUAAAUAUUAUGAUUUUAUUUAAACUAUUCAGAGGAAAAACAGGAUGCUGAAGUACAGUCCCAGCACAUUUCCUCUCUUUUUUUUAGGCAAAAUCUUGUGACUCAAUGUAUUUUAAAUUCUCAGUCAUGCACUCACAAAAAUAAGAGCUGUUUCUUCCUCUCUCUCUCUCUCUCAUUCUUUUCUAUUAAGCAGAAUGAAGUUGAUUUUCCUUUUCCCAACCCAUCCCUUCCUCUUGAUUUUUCCCACAUUACAAUGGC